AUGAUAGACGUGGCUCGCUCCUUAAUCGGGAAAUUUCCCGCACUGGAUCUCAUCGACUCCUUCGCCAAAACCUCCUACACCCCACGCCCCCAAGAAACCAUCUACCGGGGUAAAGACGGCACGCACGCGGAAAACUACCCCAACCUGUACAAAGACAUCGCGGCGGCCUACGCGCUAGCCAUCGAAUGGAAAGUCACCGACGACAAAGCCUACGCCGACGCCGCCGUCUCCAUCUUGGACGCCUGGGCCACAACGCUGAAAGGCAUCUCGGGAAACUCCGACAAGUUCCUCGCGUCGGGAAUCUACGGCUACGAGUUCGCCAACGCCGCCGAGAUCAUGCGCGACUACGACGGCUGGGAUAAGGAGAAGUUGGCCGCGUUCCAAGAGAUGAUGGUCUCGGUGUUCUAUCCCAUGAAUCAUGAUUUCUUUGUCCGGCAUAACGACGCCAAGAUUGACCACUACUGGGCGAACUGGGAUCUGUGUAACGUGGCUUCGAUGCUCUCGAUUGGUGUGCUGGCCGAUAAUGAGACCAUGUAUCAGGAGGCGGUGGACUAUUUUAAGAAUGGGACGGGCAACGGUGCCAUUGAGAAGAUGGUCUGGAAGUUGUAUGAUGUUGAGGGUCAGGUUCUGGGCCAGGGCCAGGAGGCCGGGCGGGAUCAGGGCCAUUCUAUGCUGGACUUCGCGCUCUUGGGGGCUAUCGCUCAGGCGGCGUUUAAUCAGGGGGAGGAUUUGUUUGCUUAUGCUGAUAAUCGUAUUUUGGCGGGGUGGGUGUUUUCCUGCUUUCAUUUCCGUUCUUUGUCCUCUGGGUUCUUGGCUUUGGAGAUGGACUUGUUGCUGACGUUUGCCAGGGCGGAGUAUGUGGCCAAGUAUAACCUCGGCGAAGACGUUCCCUAUACGACAUACCAGAAUAGCGAUGUCACGCAAACGGUUAUCAGCGAGAACUCCCGCGGCGAUGUGCGUCCUAUCUGGGAGCUUCUGUACAACCACUAUGGGGUUCUCAAGAAGCUGAAUGCGACUUGGACGAAGAAGUAUCGUGAUAUGGUGGUUGAGAAGGGUGAGGGAGCUGAGGGUGGUGGUGGUUAUUAUGGGAGUACAAGUGGUGGGUUUGAUCAGUUGGGAUAUGGGACAUUGCUGUAUAGUCUUUAG